AUGCAACCAACCGUUCCGCACAGGAGAAGCCUACACAACUGCAAAGGCUUAGGGGAAGCUUCGAGCGCUGGAACUAGGGAUGAUACAUUCGAUGUACCUUACGAUCUUGAAAGCAAGACCAUCUACAGCUACUCGGAACAGCAACAACCACUACUCCUCGAGGUGAUCUGCAACGGGCGACGCCUCCAGGCACUGGUGGACAGUGGUGCGUCCCAUUUGGUGUGCGACCGCGGGACGUUGGAGAAAAUUGGAGAGUCAUCGGAGGAGACCCAGUUUACAGCAACGAUGGUGGACGGUACGAAGCUUCCCAUCCACGGCGAGUCAACACUGCAGCUGCAGAUAGGGGCAUGGAUCGAUACAGGCGAUGUUCCUCAAACGACACUUGCACGGUUCAAACGGACGGUGAACGUGGGUAAGACUGGUUACCUAGUACUGGAUAUGGCAAUAGCAGAGGAGGAGAAGCCGAGUCUGGAGCUACAUGCAGUAGUACAGGAGGUCUUGGAGCAGUAUAAGGAUAUCAUGCCAGACGACCUGCCUGCAGGAGUACUUCCACCGCGCACCCAUGAGCACGAGAUCGUGGAGGAACCAGGUGCAAAACCCGUCUCCCGUGUACUAUACCGCCUUAGUCCGACCGAACUGACAGAUAUGGAAAAGCAAAUAGAGUAUCUAUUAGACAGACAACUGAUCCGCCCAUCCACCUCUCCCUACGGCGCACCGGUUCUCUUCACUCCAAAGCCAGACGGUAGUUUACGGAUGUGCAUCAACUACCGCGCACUGAACAAACAGACAGUCAAGAACAAAUACCCCAUACCGCACAUAGACGAUCUUCUCAAUCAACUGCAUGGUGCAACAGUAUAUUCGAAGCUGGACCUACGGUCGGGUUACUGGCAGAUCAAGAUGGCAGACAACUCGAUCCACAAGACGGCGUUCCGUACCAGAUACGGCUCCUACGAAUACUUAGUGAUGCCGUUCGGACUCUGCAACGCACCGGCGACGUUCCAGGCGGAGAUGAACCACAUCCUACGGCCCCUGCUGGACGAGUGCGUAGUAGUGUACCUGGACGACAUUCUCAUCUACUCCAAGAACAUGAAGGAGCAAGUGGAGAAUCUGCGGGAAGUCUUUGAGAUCCUGCCGAAAAACAAGUUUUACGUGAAGCUGUCGAAGAGCGACUUCGCACUAAAGAAGGUGCAGUUUCUCGGGCACAUGGUGAGUGCGGAGGGCAUACACGUGGACUCGCGGAAGAUCAAAGACGUUAAAAAGUGGAAAGUACCGGAGAACAUGAAGGAGUUACAGCACUUCAUAGGCUUCGCCAACUACUACUACAGAUUCGUGCCGCAAUACGCUAAGAUAGCAGCGCCACUGACCAACCUACUGAAAAAGGAUACGCCCUACAAAUGGGAUACUCCUCAACAGCAAGCCAUGGAGCAGCUACAGACAGCACUGACCACAGCGCCAGUACUCAUCCUACCGGAUCCAAACAUAGAUGACGUGGUGUAA